ACGAAAUUAUCUUCAGCUCAGGAGGACUUGUCUAUGAAAGAAUCUGAGAUUGACCCCCUUAGGGUUGAAUUAUCUGCCUUGAAUUCUAUUCUAGUUUCGAAAAAUAGUGAAUUGAUGCAUAUGGAGAAUGCAUUGGCUUCAAAAGAUGACGAAUUGAAACAAAUGAAAGAUGAUCAGGCCUUGAAAACUUCAGAGAUACACUCCUUAGAAUCCAAGUUAUUAUUAGAACCAAUCAAAAUCAGCGGUGAGGCAGAUGAAAAAAAAAUACCAAAUUCUAUCUCACAGA